CACUGGACAGCACUGCUUUCACUUCGUCCGUCGUACCGGUUGGUCGCACUCCUCUCAUCGUGUUCUUGUAUAAAAAUUAUUUUCUUUGUAUUUUCUUUCCGUUAACACGUGGCACACCACGCUCGGUAAAUAAAAUCUCGUCCCAAGGGAUCGAAGUAGUAAUCGGAAGUUUCUUUCCUCCACACGGAGUCUCAUUGGCCCAUUCCUUUUUCCGCGGCCCGUUCCUUGCGUUAAGGAGAACGCACCUUAACGUAUCUAGUGACAGGGAAGGAAAUUCCAAAGAUUUGUUUCGGAUUUCAAAUUUUCCCGGGGCGUAAGAUAAUUUUCUUGCCGCGUACGAUAAUUUUACGCCCCUGUGUCGAUCAAACGAACUAAAGUCUCUGGGAUCACUGCUUCCGUAUUUUGUAAGAACGUCUACGUCACGUGGUAAUGCGGUGCAUGUAGUAUUUUUUUAAAAUAAAUUUUCUUAAUAUUUAUUAUAAAAUGAGUGGAUCAGAUGUUGAUUAUGAUACCGAUCAGGAAGUAUCAAAAUCCCAUUCUAAACUACUGGAAGCGGUGGCACAACUAGAUAAAGGACAGAGAGUUAAAAAGCCAGAAAGAACAGAACCAACAUUAGAAGUAUCAGAAUUUCAUUUAGUUAAAAGUGGAAUAUCUGAUAAAAAUGCAGUAUCUGUUCAGAAUUUAGUCAAAUCGUUGGGAACUAAAGGUUAUCAAACAGAGAUUAGCAAGAAAUUUAAUGCAGUUCAAAAAAAGACUAAAGUUCUUCCUAAGCCGUUAGAAAAACCUUCUGCUGAUCGUAUUAAAAGAGUGGUCGGAUUUGAAAAGACUCAAAAAGAAGUAAGUAAAUGGAAUGGGAUAAUUUCACGUAACAGAGUCGCAGAAAAAGUUUAUUUUCCUUUGAAUAAAUUACCUACUGUACCAGAUUCUACUACUAAAUUUGUUAAAAGAUUUUCUAUGCAAUCAAAAUUAGAAAAAGAAUUAGCAGAAUUAGAACCAAAGAAGCCAGAAGAAGUAGAAGAGAAAGAAGAUAAAGUUACAAUGACUUUGGAAGAAAUAUUAGAAAGGAGAAAAGAAGCUGCUCAUAUGAGAGCUUUACAGUCUUAUAAAGAAGCAAGAGCACACAGACAAAAAAGGAUUAAGAGUAAAAAGUUCCAUCGUGUUCAAAGAAAGGAAAGGAUUAAACAACAAAUUAAAGAAUUUGAAGAAUUACAAAAAUCAGAUCCACAGACUGCUUUAGAGAAACUAUCGUUGCUUGAUAAAUCCAGAGCGAAAGAACGUGUAACGUUGAGACAUAAAAGUACAGGUCAAUGGGCAAAGAAUAAACAAGUAAGAGCUAAGUAUGAUAAAGAAUCGCGUCAAGAACUUGCUCAACAAUUGUCCAUCGGUAGAGAAUUGACGCAACAUCUGAAAGUAGCGGAUGAUAGUAGUGAUAAUGAUGACAAUGGUGAUAAUGAAGAUUCGACGUCUUUCAAACUUUCUGAUACUACGAAAGAAAAUCCAUGGAUAAAUGAAGUUAAAAGUGAAAAUGAAAUUGAUGAGUUUAUUAAUACUUAUCGUAAAUAUUGGGAUAGAGUGAAUUUAGAAUCAAAUAAAAAAGAUUCUACUUCUGAUCAAAUGCAUAAUACAUCUCAGAAAAGUAAUACUGAACGUAAGGAAAAACAAGAUAAGAAGACUGUUUCUUUUAAUAAACAAUUGACUAUUGAAGCGAAUAAAUUAAAACAGAAUAAGAAAUCUUUAAUUGCCAAGGAAAAAGGGGAUAGUGAAUUUAAUGGUACGCUUGAUACAAAUAAAACUUUAAAAAUGAAGAAAGUAAACAGAAGUGAUAAAAUAUUAGAAAAAGUCGCUGCUACAUCUGCUUGGAGUGUACAAGAUUGCAAUAAAUCUGUAAAUUCUGAUGAUAUGAAAAAUAAUUCAACAUCGUCAAUUGAGAAAAUAGAUGAUAUGUUCGAUUUAAUGGAAGAUAAAAUGCGAAAACAAGUUCGUACACGGAUAAGUAAUGUUAAAAGGAAAUUUAAUAUUGAAGCAGAGAAGGAAAAUCAUAACGAUGUUGAAUCUAACGUUGAUGAAUCUAAUUUUGAAGAAUUAGAAUUUAAAAAUAAAAGUCAAAAGCCAAUCUUUACUAAUCCUAUGGAAGAAGUAACUAAAUCUGCAAAAACAUCCAAAAAUAAAGAUAUAGUGAAAUUAAAAGAGUUAGCCAAAAGUUUGGAUAAAACAACUAUUGAUGUAUCAAAAAGUAAAGAUACGAAUAUAGAUCCAAACAAAUACAUUAAUGUAAAAGCUAAACAUUUAAAAACUGAUUUACCAAAUGUUAUCACUGGUGGAGAUGAUGUUUUAGACGAUAGCGAAGGUGAGGAAGAAAGAAAUAACGUAAUAAGUGAAGCUUUCGCAGACGAUGAUGUUGUCGACGAAUUUAGAAAAGAAAAAGAAGAGGAGAUUAAAAAAUCGCAACCAGAGGAUAUUGAUCUUACCUUACCAGGAUGGGGAUCUUGGGGUGGAACAAAUAUAAUACCAUCGACUAGGAAAAAGAAACGAUUUGUUAUAAAUGUUCCAAAAGAGGAACCACGUAGAGAUGAAAAUAAAGGCGAUGUUAUAAUAAUCGAAGACGACCAUGCCAAAAUACGGGAACAUCAAGUAAAUGAACUACCAUUUCCAUUUUCAACAGUUCGUGAUUUUGAAGCUAGCAUCAGAGCACCGAUCGGACGAAAUUUUGUUCCGGAGAAUUCUUAUAAAAAAUUCAUUGAACCUUCUGUACAAACGGCUAUGGGAAAAAUAAUUGAUCCUAUGGACGAAAAUGUACUGGUUGAUAAAAGAAUGAAUAAGAAACGAAAAAAUGAUAAUGAAAACAAAUCAAUUAUAUCUAUUAAUAAAAAAAAAAAAGUAAUUGUACAAAAUAGGUAAUAAAAUUUAUCAGAUGAAUGAUAUGGUAUAGGUAUCUUAUAGGUAUUCUAUAAUUUUCUUUACAUAAAAUAUAUAAAUAUAUAUAUGUGUGUGUAAUAUGUAUAUAUAUGACGAAUGUAUCUCGUGGUUUCGGAGCUAAGAUGAAUAUUUUCCAUGGUCGAUAAAUCAGAGAAAGAAAAUUUUACCUUAUCGAUAACUGUUGGUAAAAAAUUUAUCGUAGUUAACAUCGGAACCACCAGUGGGCGAUAGUAGGUAUUUUACGCGAAGACGGUACACUAUUUAAAGAAUAUAGUAUUUUAUCUACUAUCAUCCACAGGUGAUUCCUAAUUUAUCUCAAUUUGUGAUAA